GUUAAACAUAACAUAACAAAAAACAAUUUAAAAAUAGUAAAUAGUAGAAGAUAAGUAGUAAAAGUAGUAAACAGAAACAAGUUAAACAAGCAACAAGACAAGAACGAGUAUACAGGCACUAUCCUGUAAAAGACCAGUUGUAUAAAGUAGAAAAAUAAUGGAAAGAAAAACAUAAAUAAAACAAUUCCAUUUUCGAGGUCAAAAUGUCUAUCUGUCCAGGUUGGUACUGUGGCCGAACUUUUUUGCCAGACACAGGAGAAUUAAGUGAAUGUGGUUCUUGUCCUAGAGGCUUACGCAGAAAUGAUACCACUUUUAUAUGUGAGCCUUGCUUGGAAACACCGCAACUUUAUGAUUGGCUCUAUUUAGGUUUUAUGGUUUUACUGGCGCUAAUCUUGCAUUGGUUUUUCAUCGAUAUGGUAUCAAUGAGGAGAAGUUUUAGUAAAAAUGUUCUAACUCUACACAUAACAGCUUUCUUUGAGGUAGUUGCUUCAUGUGUAUUAGCUUUGCUCUCAGUUAAUCCAAUUGGGAAAUUUACAAUUCACAGUUGCGAAUCACAUUCAUUGUCAGAUUGGUACACUUUACUUCACAAUCCUAGACCUAAUUAUGAGGAACAAAUUUAUUGUACCCAAGAAGCUGUAUAUCCUUUGUAUACCAUAGUUUUUCUGUUUUACAUUUUAACAUUGAUUUUAAUGCUGUUGGUAAGGCCGUGGGUUUGCAGGAAAUUUUUACCAAGGCAAGGUAAAAUGGCCAUUUACGCUGCACUGUAUUUUAUACCUAUUUUGAUAUUGACCCAUGCUAUUGUUGGAGGAUUAAUUUAUUAUUCUUUUCCUUACCUUACUAUUGUUAUUUCGGUCAUAUCAUGUGCUGCCCAUUUUGCGGUGAGAAUGGACCAAUCUAUAUCGGCCUUAAUUCGUACUACUCUAACUCAACCAAGGAAUAUUGUUAUAGUUUUGGGACAUUGGUGUUUGCAUGCUUAUGGGAUAAUUUCCCUCACUCAACUUGCUGAUCCAUUGAUGCACAGUUUAUUACUGAGUUUGGUUCCUUUGCCGGCAGUUUUUUACAUUUUGACUGCCAGGUUUACAGAUCCGAACUUUUACUUAUAGCACCCGCCCAUAUUUCAAUCUACAAGAAUACGUGAUGAAACUGGCAACUAUGUAUUGACAUACACCUUUGGAAAUAAUAGAACUGACAAUGGUGGCAAUGUUAGUCCAGAUAAGGAUAGGGCUAAGGCAAGAAGUAGAUCUCGAGAAUUAAGGGAAGGUCAAUAUGGUCCCUUGAGAGCUUUGGAAAAUAAUUAUUUUGAUUAACUCAUAUUGAGAAUUUGAUUUCUACAUAAGUUGGAUUUUAUGUAUGUGCAAUAUUGAAUAUCAUGAAAUAUAUUAUUAGUAGGUAUAA